GGUGGGUGGGUGGGAAAAAACACCAGAUACACAACUCUCAAACCCUAGGAAAGCUGCUCCAAGGGUAUUGAAGUCACACUAGAGGACAAACUGAAGCCAAGUCCAGAGGAAUUACAGUUUAACACGGAAAACUCCCUUACCUGAAAAAUCUGGUUGUAAAAAGUUACCGUCAAACUUUACAGGAUGGCGGAGGCGCAUCAGGCGGUGGGCUUCCAGUUCACUGUGACACCUGAUGGUAUCGACCUCCACUUAAGCCGUGAAGUCCUCAAACAUAUUUACCUGUCGGGGGUGACAUCAUGGAGAAAGCGCGCUAUUAGGUUCAAGAAUGGAGUUUUAACAGGUGUGUACCCUGCCAGUCCAUCCAGCUGGCUGAUUGUUGUGAUUGCCAUAAUGAGCACCCUGUAUACCCGGAUAGACCCCUCCCUGGGCAUGAUAGACAGCAUCAAGAGGACCUUGCCUGUCAGUGACUACAUGACGGUGCAGACCCAGACAGUGUUGAGUGCCAUCCUGUUUGCCACGGGUCUGUGGCUGUCACUUAUCUACCUACUGAGGUACUCUCUCAAAAUCCUGCUGUCCUACCAUGGAUGGAUCUUCGAGUCCCAUGGAAAGAUGAGCUUGACCACCAAAUUGUGGCUUAGCUUAGUAAAGAUGUUCUCAGGGCGCAGGCCUCUUCUCUACAGCUUCCAGGCCUCCUUACCUAGACUUCCAGUGCCCAGUGUAGAUGAUACCAUCAGCAGGUAUUUGGAGUCAGUUCGCCCCCUGCUGGAUGAUGAGCAGUACAACCAGAUGGAGAUCCUGGCAAAUGACUUUAAAAAGGACCAAGCACCCAAACUACAGAAAUACCUUGUACUCAAAUCCUGGUGGGCCACUAAUUAUGUGAGUGACUGGUGGGAGGAGUACAUCUAUCUUAGAGGCAGAAGUCCCAUCAUGGUCAACAGUAACUUCUAUGCCAUGGACCUCCUGUACAUCACACCCACACACAGGCAAGCAGCACGGGCAGGCAACGUGGUUCACGCUAUGCUGCAAUACCGACGCAAACUAGAGCGAGGAGAACAUGCACCAUUAAGGGCUCUCGGUAUUGUGCCCAUGUGUUCCUAUCAAUCGGAGAGAAUGUUUAACACCACGCGCAUCCCAGGCAUUGAAACAGACUUUGUCCAGCAUCUGAGCGACCGGAAGCAUCUGGUGGUGUACCACAAGGGCCGCUUCUUUAAGGUGUGGCUGUACCACGGGGGCCGGCACCUCUGGCCCAGUGAGCUGGAGACCCAGUUUCAGAAGAUCCUCAAUGAUCCCGCUGAACCACAGCCAGGGGAGCUCAAACUGGGAGCCCUCACAGCAGGAAACAGAGUUCCUUGGGCACGUGCACGUCUAAAGUACUUCGGGCAGGGUGUGAACAAAGCCUCGCUGGACGCCAUUGAGACGUCUGCCUUCUUUCUGACGCUUGACGACGAAGCGCAUGGUUACGACCCAGAAAAGUUGAAGUCUUUGGACUUGUAUGCCAAAUCCCUGCUGCAUGGGAAGUGCUACGACAGGUGGUUUGACAAAUCUUUUACCUUGGUCGCCUAUAAGAACGGCAAACUAGGUGUGAACGCAGAACAUUCUUGGGCUGAUGCACCGAUUGUAGGACACAUGUGGGAGUAUGUCUUAGCAACGGACUGCUUCCAUCUGGGCUACACAGAGGAGGGACACUGCAAGGGCGAUGUCAACAAGGGUCUGUCACCCCCAACCAAAUUACAGUGGGAAAUUCCACAAGAGUGCCAGGAGAUAAUUGAAGGCUCAUACAUGGUGGCCAAGGAGAUUGCUGACGAUGUGGACUUCCAUGGCUGUCUGUUUGAUGAGUUUGGCAAAGGCCUGAUUAAGAAAUGCAGGACCAGUCCUGAUGCCUUCAUCCAGCUAGCUCUGCAGCUGGCACAGUUCAGGGAUAAGGGGCGGUUCUGUCUGACAUACGAGGCCUCGAUGACUCGGAUGUUCCGAGAGGGUCGUACUGAGACAGUGCGUUCCUGUACCUCGGAGUCCACAACCUUUGUCAGAGCCAUGGAUGACAAGAGUGCCACGAGUACCAAGAGACUAGAACUGUUCCAGAAGGCAGCAGAAAAGCACCAAAACAUGUACCGUCUGGCCAUGACAGGAUCUGGUAUCGACCGGCACCUCUUCUGUCUGUACAUCAUGUCCAAGUAUCUAAGCAUUGACUCACCGUUCCUCAAACAGGUUCUGUCAGAGCCAUGGAGGUUAUCCACCAGUCAGACCCCUCAACAGCAGCUCAAUCUGGUUGACAUCAACAAGUUCCCAAGAUAUGUGGGUGCUGGAGGGGGUUUCGGCCCUGUCGCCGAUGAUGGAUAUGGUGUGUCUUAUAUCAUAGUGGGAGAAAACCUUGUCACAUUCCACAUCUCCAGCAAGUUGUCAAGCACUGAGACGGACUCGUAUCGCUUUGGACAGAACAUUCGACAGGCCAUGCUAGAUAUCCGUGCACUUUUUGACCAAAAUGACAAGAAGGCAAAGGAGAAGAAGAUGUGAAGGCUGUAGAGGACUUACGGUCACGAUAAAGGCCAGUGGGCACUCUGCUGAUGGCCUCUCCGCCAUGUUUUAUGCCGCAUUACUUGAGAAUUAUUCCCAAAUGAGAGGAACUCGAUUUCAUUUGAACUAAGCUUGCUUUUCAGAUAUGCAAGAGAACUCUGGUGUUGCAGUGGUAAUUGCAGUCUCUAUGUAUCAAUUAAAACAGAAGGGAUGAAAUAGAUGGCAUUUUAAAAGGUAGUUAUCACUGAAACUAUUUAUUUCAAGUGUGAUAGUAAAUGUAGUUAACCAUUGUGUGUAGCAACUGUUAAGUAAAAUUACAUUUUGAAAGCUGUCUGAUAUUUCAGUGUGGAAUGGAGUAUAAGGAUGAAUCAUCAACAGUUACAGUAAGUCAUACAGAUGCUGGUUAAAGAUCGUUUUUCUGUAACAUGUCCAAACGUAAAACUUUUUUAAAAACAAUGUUCAGCAUUGUGGUGCUUAAAACUGUUGUUUUGCCUGUGUAUUUAUGUACUUUGUUCACAAUAAAGUGUGUUCUAUAAAGUG